CUGGUGCCGUAUCCAGGUUAUGGUUAUGGCUCGCAGCAGACGACAACCGGUGCCCAGUUUCAGUAUCCUCCGUUCAGCGGAGUUGUAGGCGGAGAACCAUCGUCAUCUAACGUUACUCCUACCAUUGCUGGUGCUCCAUGGUCCAAUGGGAGUGAAAGUAUCGCUAUCAUAGGUGGAAAUGAUUACAACAACUCAUGGGCGCAACAAAUGAGCUACGCUGGUCACGCCGGGGCUGGUGCUGGAGGACAUUCAGGACAGAGAAAACCGUACGAUGAUUACCACCACAGGAACCAGGGUGCCUAUCAUCACCAUCAGCAAGGUCACGACGGAAUUAAGAAUGUUGAACAUGGUAUGCAGGGACUUGGCCUCGGCCACCACGACAGAGACGCUAACCAUCACUCCUCGAAUUCACUAUCAAAAUCGGAUCAACAUCACCAGCAGCAGAAGGAAGCUCCCAAAAAGAUGACCUGGGCCUCGAUUGCAUCUCAGCCGGCUAAACCGCAAGUGAACACCACGAGUACAACGGUGAAGAAGAAGGGCCCGGGAAUGCCCCCACCACCGAUGGUGCCCGGUAAGCACAACAUGGACAUCGGUACCUGGGAUUCGCCGUCCAAGAACGGACCCAACGCUAUGGUUCCGACCCCUACACCACCUCCCAUAGUUCCACCUCCGGUGAUCGAACCAUCACCGCUAGCAGAGCCCCCGAUGGCUGCUGGACCAGGAGGACCAGGUAAGGGCAUGAACGCCAACAAUGGACCGGCACCCGGUGGACCCGGUGGCUACGGAAACCAGCAUCAUCAGCAAUCGUCGCAAUACCAUCAAUCACAUCAGCAAAACAUGGGACCACCAUCCGGAGCUCAGAAUUCUCGUUGGCCAACGCCUGGCCAGGCUCAGAACCCUGCUCCUCCACCGCAACAGCAGCAGCAACAACAAGCACAACAGCAGCAGCAAUCGCAUCACCAACAACAAAACCAAUACGGUGGAGACAGGAGCCGUGACAUGAUGGGCCAACAGCGAUCGGAACACCGACCCUAUCAACAAAACAACCGCAACAACUAUUCCGGACCACCACAGCACGGCUCAUCCGGCGGUUACAAUCAGCCACCUCCGUACCAUCACCAGCAGCAAUCUUCAAUGCAACAACAGCACUCCCGUCAAAACCACGGACCUGCACCGUCCUACCACCAGCAACAGCAACCUCCAUCACAGCAACAACAAUCCCAACAUCAUCAGUCGCAGCAGCAGCAGCAAUAUCAAAAUGAUCGCAGUUCGUAUCAGCAAUCUCCUCCGCAGCAUCGUCAGCCCCCACAACAGCAACAGCAACACCAUCAGUUGGACGAUCGCCGGAACAAUGGGUCCCACAGCAGCUAUCACGAUGGACCUCAGCAACAGUCGCAACAGGAACGGGGUGGUCAACCACAACAGCCACUGCCAUCCCAACCGCCACAAACACAUUCCGCUUCAGGUCCAGCAGCCAAUCCGGCACCGGUGCAGCCGACAGCUGCUAUUAGUGUGCCUGCAGCUACCGGAGCAGCUUCGCCUUCGGGAGCAUCGCCUGAAAUCCUGGACCAGCUGCAGAACAAAAACAAAUACAAUCCUGUCAAUUUGGAUAUCCUAGAUACGGCGCAUCUGGCAAGGUUCUUCGUAAUCAAGUCCUAUUCAGAGGACGACAUCCACCGUAGCAUCAAGUACGAAAUCUGGUGCUCUACGGAACACGGCAACCAACGCUUGGAUCAGGCCUACCGCGAGCGAGAAGAGAAGGGCGGUAUGGUGUACUUGUUCUUCUCGGUGAACGGAUCCGGUCACUUCUGCGGCAUCGCCGAAAUGAUCACGGCAGUCGAUUACAAUUCGAUUUCCAGUGUUUGGUCCCAGGACAAGUGGAAGGGUACAUUCAAGGUACGCUGGAUCUACGUGAAGGACGUACCGAACGGACAGUUGCGGCAUGUUAAACUGGAGAAUAACGAGAACAAACCGAUUACGAACUCGCGCGAUACCCAGGAGGUACCGAACGCGAAGGGUAUUCAGGCGCUGAAGAUCAUCCACAGCUACAAGCACACCAUGUCGAUAUUUGACGACUUUAUCCACUACGAGAAGCGACAGCUGGAGGAGGACCACAAGAAGCACGAUGAGCGACCGCAGUACCGACCCCAGUACGGUGGUGGUGGUGGAAACUACGACGGCCAGAACAAGUAUCAGAACAACUACAACAAGUAUGGGGAUCGGGAUGGCGGAGACGGCGGUGGGUACAACAACUCCCGUGGCAGUGGAUACGAUCGUGGAGGCUAUCAAGGUGGCUACAACAGGGGAUACGGUGGUUACAACAACCGUAACAACAAUAGAGAUGGUGGUUAUCAGAGUUACGAUCGUCGUAACAACAACAGCAACAACGGUAGCAACAGCGGUGACGACCGAGAUGGUGGUUCCAACAGCUACCAGGAUCGAGAGGGAGGCGGCGGUCGCGGACGGGGUGACGGUGGUUACGAAGGUAACUCAUAUAAUAAUCGGGGAGGCGGCGGCGGAUAUGGACGGCGAGAUUAUUACAACCGAGAUGACAACCGGGGCCGGAAUGACUUCCGCAGCGGCGACAGUGGCAACGAUGGUGGUGGCGGUUUCCGGCGAAGUGGCGGAGACCGAAGUGGAUCGGAUGCCGAGGGUGGUGGUUCCCGGGAUGGAGGCGGUGCCGACAGCUACCGAUCGGGCGGCGGCGGCAGCGGCUCCAGGGACCACUAUCGGCAACAACACCAACAACAUCAGCAAGCCACAGUCGUCGACCGGACCGUUCCGAUGGGUCGGGUUACGGUGCUGAGCAGAAAUUCGGCCGGAGCAACAACAUCCGCUGUCAUCCAAGCUUCCUCGACAGGCAGCGCCAUCGUCGGGCAGGACUAGAAACGGAUAUCCUUCCGGCCUACGAUGACGCGUCUUUUUGAAGGCUGAAUCAUUGAUGACGAAAAAGUAAUAAAGGCAAAAUGGAAAAAAGAUUGAUAACGAUAUACUGAACCCUACUACUAUCUCUAGGACUAAUUUUAAAUAGUAAGGCCUGAGUUUGACUAAGCGUAAAUUUACAACCACAACAAAAAUAAUAAAAUAUUAAUCGAAGUAAAAAGGUUUGAACACUGACAUAUAACAAAAUAAAGAAAAAUGAUACAAACAAUUUAAUAUGAUAGGUUUGAAGAUUGAUAGUAGAAUGAAAUAAAACUGCAUGUUUACGAAAUCACUAGAGGGCAGAUUUAUUUAAAUCCCAUUACAGAAAAAUGUAAUAAACGAUCUUUGCGCAGAAAGUUUGUGAACAAACUUUUAGAAUGAAACACAAAAAAAAACACAGAUUAAGCAAGAAGUCUCAAAGAAAUUAUGACUUGUUAUAAUAUUGUCAUUAUUAUUACUAUUAACAGUGAAAAGAACGUAUAUAUGUAUCCUAAAGUUAAGAGUAUAAGAAAAUGGUAAUCAAAUGUGUUUAUUUUAAACUCUCAAACUCCUACUGUCAAAAAUGAAACAAAUCGAAAACAAAAGGAUGCUAACCAAUAGUCAAAUUUAAUUCAUCAAACGCUUUAAUCGACUCCUGUUUUCUGAAAUCAAACACAAAUGAGAAAAAUUAACUUAACAAUAAACAAAAUAUGCUGCCGUUAUCGAAAUGCAACAGAAAUAAGAAACGGAUCAACUAAUGUUAAAACAAAUCGAAAGGAAUUUGGAUUCUAGUUGAAACAUUUUAUUACAAACAAAAAAAGCUUCAUUUCUUUUAUAGAGUCAAGAAUGUUUGGUGCUCGCCAUCAUCAGGCACCACAGUAAAACACCACCACACCAUAAACAACUAGAACUGGAAGAGGAAGUGAAACCAAAAGAAAUUACUUUGCGGAAGGCCUUGCAUUCGCUCGCUCAAACUGCCGCUGCUGCUGGUCAGCCGGAAGCGGAAGCGUCCAAAAGUUAUGUGUUUAACGCAAUCGAAAUGCUCCAAACUCACAAGUCGUCGUGGCCCGGGGCAGUGUGCGGUGUUGCAGAAAUGUUGAAAAACACUCUCAAAGAGAAAAGAACGUAAUGGUGAAACAGUGAUCGAACUACCCAGAGAGCACCCGGGGAACUACUACUGGUAUGCAAAUUCACACCGAGGACAACAGCAUGUUUCUGGGUUGAUGGACUACUGAAGAAAGAAAAAUUUAGAAGUGCGAUUUCCCGCUUUUGAACGAUUUAAAAUUGAUACUCACACACGCAGUUAUGAAUAAUUGGGAAGGGGCGCGCGUGAGGGAAGAAAAAUGCGAAACCCCCCCGAAGACCAUUGAACAAUUUUUGCGGAACUUUUGCGCAAAUGCGACUGAAUCAUCUGUAUCAAAGUGCAAAACAACACCAAUAUUGUGUGCGUCGUAAUUGUCGUUUUGAUUUUCAUUUUUUAUUAUUGUGUUUUGAACAACUCAAGAACCAAAUAGCAACGUAACUAUUUAACAAACAAGAAAACGUAUGUAACUACUACUAGUGCGAAUAAUUAAACCGUAAACCGUCGACUGAGUAAAAGGUAUCCUUUUUAUGAUAAAAAAAAUAUCUCAAUUAAAUGAUAAAAACAAAAGACACGAACAAAUUGCCAAGUAUUAAGUAGUUCAAGAAUUAUUAGUCUUCUUUUUUUACUAUGAUUUUUUUAAAGUCGUUUUAAAUUUUCGGUUUCAAUUUUUUUAGUGAAAUAUCGUAACUUCUUCUUUAAGCGCCACCUGUUGACUCAUGUGGUCGGUAACGAGUAUUUCUAAUAUCAUCAUGCGAGUGUUCAAAAACACGACAGAACAAUUUCCAUAACGGCUUCGAGCUACAUUUAGAGUCGGAAGAUUACAAACCCUGUGCUUGCAAAAAAAAAAACAUUUCCCCGUUGAACGAAAAAUCGAAAACCAAACGAAUCAAACGCAUAACAACAAAAUGAACUUAAACAAAUUUACCCCAAGGACGCUUUUCUUAAAGUGGUUUUUUGUGAUAUUUGACGAUACUAAGAAGCUGUGUGGGAGACGAUGAAGUAGCGAAUACGCGCCAUUGUUUUUUUCUUUCCUGUUUCAUUAAUACAUAAUCGACUGAUUCUACUGCGCGGGGUGCUGAGAAAGUGUGUGAGAAAUUUCGCGGGGCGGGUGGUGCAAAUGCUGGAAGUGACCUCGUCGAAUUGAAACAAAAUGAAGAAAAGAUUAAAAUCUACUGCGAAAUGAGCGAGCGAACACGAACGAGAGAAGAAGGUUGAUGGAAGUCUUAUAUUUUCAUUCCCGUAUCUGGAGGAGGAGAAGCGAUUUUGAAUCAGGUAAGAUGGUCCAGUCAAACGAACGGAAAAAGAAACAUUCUUUUGAAUUUUAUACAUUUUAUAACUGUUGCAGGCAAAAAACAAUUUCUGAUUCAUAUUGACUUUUGAACAAAUUCAAGAAAAAGAGUACAGAAUUUAGAAUCCUAUAAACAAAGUACUGAAUAAAGUUUGAAUAGGGUAAAACUGAUCUAACGAACACAUUUCAGUGCUUGAAGAUGAUUUUAUUGAAACUAAAACGUCAGAAACGUAGAAACUUUUUUCUGAAAUUGGAUUGACAUUUAAAAAUUAUUCUCAGAAUACAGGCUAAAAUUAUAUAAUCUUUCGAAAUUAAAAUUUCUUUAAUUCCUUCUACUUUGUUUACGAUUUCUAAAAUUGCAGUUUUUGAAAACAAAAGAUUUUGUUGUCCUCCACAACUUGAUGUAGAAGUAGAAUCCAUUUUUUAUCUAAAGUAAUGAAUUAUCUUUUUCAAAUCAUUUCACAUACACACAGAUUAUCUGAUACAAUUAGUCAAAGGUGUUAAAACACGAAAACUUAAUACAUCGUCUCGUUCAAACUGAUAGGUUCAAAGCGUGCAAAGAGUUUAUAAUUAAUCGAAAUCUGAUAGAAUAUCUUCAUCUCAAACAUUGAUCGCGAUGAAAUAAAAAAUAAAAAGAUUAAGUUAAAAAACAGCAACAUUUUUUCUAUCGAGCACCUUGUAAACUUAUGAAAAAUCGAUUUUUUUUUCUCGAGAAAGUUUUUGUGAUGUUUGCUUACAAAGUGUAACAUUGAUAAUAUAAUAUUGAAGUAAAUUAUAUGAAGUAAUGAGUUCAGAACCAGAAAAAAAUCUGUAUCGAAUAGUUUUGAGAUGCGAAUUAGUAAGUUCAAAUGCAAUUCGAUAAAUAAAAAUAUUUAAAAAUAACUAAAAUCAAUUGGAUUCGCACUAAGCGUCAAAUACGGAAGUAAAAAAAAAAACAAAAUAUAAACACAAAUCACUAUCAAUGUUAGCGAUUGUCUGAUUUAGGGAAAAUAUACAUAAAAAACUAGGCAAAAAAUAACGAGCAGUGAUUUCGCCCUCUUGUUAAUGGAUAACUCAAAUCAUACAAAUUACAGAUACAAAUAUUGACUGGAGAAUUCGGAUUUGUGCUUUGCAAAAAAAGUAAUAAACAACAAAAUGGGAUGAAAUUAUUCAACAUAUUCCCAUUCAAAAUGUUAUCUACACUCUGAAGAAUCAAAUAGAAUCAGAAAAAACGUCUACAACAAGUAAUAAUAUUGAACGCAAUUAGUUUUUAAAAGAGAAAAAGAAAAAUGCGCAUAAAAAAAUCUAUUGACAAACAACAAAAGUCUGUUUCAACGUGCGUUAGAGAGCAUUCAAAAUUAAUCUAACGUUCACGGUUUGUUGCAAAUGCUAAAAUCCAUUCAAACAAACUACAAUUUUCGAUCGUUUUUAAGUGAUUGAAAAAGCAAAAACCAUCAAACAUGGUUAAAAAAACAAACAAAAAUAUCACUCGAUGAUGAACUUUUAUGUAAAACGAACACAACAUUUAGUGAUUAUUAUUAUUAAUAACUGACAAAAAAAAAUUCAAAUCUAACCUAAUGAUAAAUGAUGAAUAAAGAUAGAGAGGGAAAAAACAAAAAAAAGCAGUAUGAGAGUAGAAAUGCGCAAGGUAAAAACAGGCAGUGAGUAACAUGUUUAUUUUAUUGUCGAUCAAAGAAUGAGGAAUCGCAACAAAAAAUUUGCAGCAAACAAUUGAUGAUUGAUAACUGGAACCAUUAUUGACUUCAAAACAAAGAAACGCGAUGGAUAGGAAUCGAAACAACAACAAAAAUAAAACGAUGAACGCUCUACAGAAUGAUGUGUAUAUAGGGUAAGUGAAAACUAAACAAACAAACAAAAACACGAGAGAAACAAACAAAUAAACAAACAAACAGCUACAAUUGAAUAGAUUAAUGACUCACAAAAUGAGACAGCAUAGUGGAAAUACAAAUUGCAUAUUGAUAAUAA